CCUGGCCACUCACUUUCUGAUGUUGCACGACGGGAAAUGCUUUGAAUACUUGCGACAUGGCCGCUUGCAUUGAUUGCCAAGAUUGACAGCAGUAACCAUCGUCUUCUGUCGCUUCUGUUUUAGAGUAGAGAGGAAAAAGCGCGAUAAAUAUACUUACAACUGCUCUCAGCAGUUUUGACAGUUCAACUUCACACAGCCAAAGCGGGAUUCCCUCUACGGUCAGUGGAAGCGAUACACUUCAGUUUUUUUUUUCUUCUUUCUCUGCUACUACACAUCAGCGCGCAUUAUUUUAACCUCUUUUAAUACCGAUAACGGGAUACGGCGAAGACGAGCGCUUGUUUUUGGUACCCUGCUCACAUCAAGGACCUUCUGCCCGUGGAUUUGGGGAGGAACUUGUGGUUUUGUGCAAGCAAAGAACAUUUCCUAACUGGAUCCGGCGAGCAGAUACCGACAGAUCGCAGACGAACGCUUAUGGUGCCAGUAAUUUUCAUGAAUUCAAAAUCAACUCACCAGUGAUCUUUGGGAGCUGGGGAUAAAGUCUUUCUGUUUAUAACCCAAAUGCUGAACAUGGAGGGCUUUCUGCGUAGCAGCUUUUUACUGAGCAGAAUCAUGUCUUCCAAGCAAGCCACCUCUCCGUUCGCCUCAACCCCUGACGGAGGCGAGGAUGGAGUGAAUCAGGAGCGCAUGUCCUGGGAGAAAGAGGAGAACUCGGAGUCACUAGUCGCCCCUCAGCUGCCCCUGCACAAUCUGCUCCACAACAAACCUCCCCCGGAGGAGCUCCAGCCAAUCAGCAGCAGCGUGCCGCCCGAAUCCGACUGGGACAGCCUGAUGUCAGCCCAGCAGCGCAUGGAAUCGGACAGCAAUAAAGUAUGUUCCUUAUACUCCUUCCGGAAUAACUCUACCUCUCCACACAAGCCAGAGGAGGGGGCCAGGGAGCGCGGCGACCUGCUGAGCAGUUCAGCCUUCGGAACGCCAGAGCGCCGCAAAGGAAGCCUGGCCGAUGUGGUGGACACACUGAAACAGAAGAAACUAGAGGAGAUGACAAAGACAGAGCAAGACGAAUCCUCCUGCAUGGAGAAACUCCUUUCAAAAGACUGGAAAGAGAAGAUGGAGCGACUCAACACAGGCGAGCUGUUAGGAGAAAUUAAAGGUACUCCAGAAAGUCUUGCGGAGAAGGAGCGACAGCUCUCCACCAUGAUCACACAACUCAUCAGCCUGCGAGAGCAGCUCCUGGCCGCCCAUGAUGAGCAGAAGAAACUGGCUGCCUCACAGAUGGAGAAACAACGUCAGCAAAUGGAGCUGGCACGCCAACAGCAAGAGCAGAUUGCCAGACAACAGCAGCAACUUCUGCAGCAACAGCACAAAAUCAAUCUCCUCCAGCAGCAGAUCCAGCAGGUCCAGGGUCACAUGCCUCCGCUCAUGAUCCCCAUUUUUCCACACGACCAGCGCACUCUGGCAGCAGCCGCGGCAGCCCAGCAGGGCUUCCUCUUCCCCCCAGGCAUGUCCUAUAAGCCAGGUGAUAACUACCCGGUGCAGUUCAUUCCAUCCACAAUGGCAGCUGCUGCCGCGUCAGGACUCAACCCUCUCCAGCUCCAGCAACUCUACGCCGCCCAGCUGGCCGGCAUGCAGGUCUCUCCAGGAGCCAAGAUGCCUCCGCUGCCCCAGCCCCCCAAUUCUACUGGGCCGAUCUCCCCGUCUGGCUUGAAGAAUGAAAAGAGGGCCUCAACCCCCCUGGCUCAAGUCAAGGAGGAGGGAACGCAGCCUCUCAACCUCUCCGCCCGGCCCAAGACAGCUGAGCCCGUCAAAUCCCCCACAUCCCCAACACAGAGCCUCUUCCCAGUCAACAAGAGCAGCCCGAACAGCCUGUCCAAGAGCGGAGGCAUCCCCAGUCCCAUCGGAGGAAUGGGCCGUGGCUCGUCUCUGGACAUUCUGUCCAGCCUGAACUCAACAGCGCUGUUCGGAGAUCAGGAUGCAGUGAUGAAGGCCAUCCAGGAAGCGAGGAAGAUGAGGGAGCAGAUUCAAAGAGAGCAGCUUCAGCAUCAUCAGCAGGGAAUGGAGGCCAAACUUUCUGCCCUGACCAGCAUGGGCCUGAACAACUGCAGGGCUGAUAAGGAGAGGUCUCAUUAUGAUAACCUGGGCCAUCACCUGGGCAAACUAGGCGAGGAUGGGAAGAUUGGUCACAGAGUCAUCGACCUCACCAGGCCAGAGGAUUUCGAGGGGUGUAAGGAACUGAAUGGCUCUGCAGAUAAACCACAUCAGUAUUAUUGUUGGCCAACAGGAGGCGCCAGCACUACCGAGGCACGGGUCUACAGGGAACCCCGGGGAAGGAACAGCAACGAACCUCACAUCAAACGGCCCAUGAACGCCUUCAUGGUCUGGGCCAAAGAUGAGCGCCGCAAAAUCCUUCAGGCCUUCCCAGACAUGCACAACUCCAACAUCAGCAAAAUCUUGGGAUCUCGCUGGAAGUCCAUGACGAACCAAGAGAAACAACCAUAUUAUGAGGAGCAGGCACGGCUCAGCAAGAUCCACCUGGAGAAGUAUCCCAACUACAAGUACAAGCCCCGGCCCAAGCGCACCUGCAUCAUCGACGGCAAGAAGCUGCGCAUAGGCGAGUACAAGCAGAUGAUGAGGUCGAGGAGGCAGGAGAUGAGGCAGUUCUUCACUGUGGGGCAGCAGCCACAGACGCAGAUCCCCAUCACCACCAGCGCAGGUGUUGUUUACCCCGGUGCCAUAACAAUGGCAACCACUACGCCCUCCCCUCACAUGACGUCAGACUGCUCCAGUGCCUCGGCCAGCCCCGAGCCCACCAUCCCCGUCAUCCAGAGCACCUUCAACAUGAAGAUGGAACCGGGCACCUUGGUGUCUAACGACCCCGUGAACGGAGAGGACGAGAUGGACAUGUACGAGGACUUUGAGGACGAGCCCAAAUCGGACUACAGCAGUGAGAAUGACACACAGGAGCCGGUCAGUGCCAACUGAGGCGAAAACAGCCAGCGAAGAAUAUCCUUUUAUUAGAGGGAAGACUGAAGAAGAUGAAAAAGAGAACAAAAAAAAAAAAAAAGAAAACAAAAAACUUGUUUCUGAUGAAAUACGUUUUGUGAGCCAGCAUGCAGAUGUGGCUCCUACAGAUUUAACAGCUAUUGGUCUUAAGUGUUUCUCCGAGUGUGAAACAAUUUGAUUGUGUUUUAUUUUGGCUUUUUUUUUUUGUUAUUUUAUGAGGACUUUUUUUUUCUUGUGUUUUGAUCAUGGACAAUUUAGGGUAUUUCCUACGACAUUUUUGAAUAAUAGGACUUGACGAUUGAAACAUUUCAUAUGAAUGCAUAACUCACAGUCUUACUUAAAUUCAUAUGGAUUUACACAUGUAUUGUUUUUUUUUUUCUUUUGAAGCGUACAUUACUGUUUUCGAUGGGGUUCUAUAUCUCACUCAGGUAUGCUGUACCAGCCAACAGCUUGUGAAUGUUUUUAAUCAGAACUAUUUAAAAUGAAAAAUACGACACUUCAUUUGACACUUCAUAAUACGAUAAAACUGAAGAAGUCCUUACAUUUGAACCAUAGAGGGAAAGCCUAAAACUCCCCAUUAUUAUUGUUGUUCUUGUUAUUAUUAUUAUUAUUAUUAUUAUUAUUACUACUACUACUACAAGUCCAGAUGUGCCAAACAUAUCAUAAGCUUCCUGCUCUUAAAUCUUAAAUUUGAAAGUCUUAAGGAAGAGACUGCAUGAGUCUUAGACAAUCCUUGCAAUCUUAUCUACAAAGCCCACUUUUAUCCCCCUCCUGUCCUCCUUUUAUUUUUCCUCUCCAUUGACAACCACGUGCAAAUGCUCAGGAACUAAGAAAGUCGUAGUUCUCCAGGAGGUUGAAUGCAGUGAUCACCCAACCACCGUCCUCGUCUAGUUCAGUCUUACCCGCUCGGUUCUUAAUCACAGUGAUUGUAAUCAGGCCAGAAUGCCAAGGGGCCAAAUGGCAUCCAAUCUGCAGAAUUGGACAGGCAGCGAAAGGCAGCUUUGGUGUAUUACAAUCACAAAUUGCUGUUGUACAAUAUGUACACGCACAUUCUGCUAAAGUCUUUAGCCCCGUUUUCCAGGGCAGUAAGUUUAAAGUCUUUUAUUUACGCUUAAAUCUUGUAGACAUUGUAAUCUUAACUGAGGGAAAUAGUCUUAAAGCAGAGCGUAUGCCCUUUGGGUUUCUGCAGUGUGUUCAUCAUUAAGUCUUAAGAGUACUUUCAGUUUAUCAGGACGUUUUGGCCAGUUAUGCAGAGGAUUAGCAAAAAAAAGUUAACUAAACGAAUAAUGGCACUUAUUUUCCCAAUUGUUAAAGGAUACUUUGAUUCGAGAUACUUUGAUUAUAUUUAUGUUUAAAAGUAUUUUCAGAACCAAAUACAGAGACAAAUCUGCCUUUCUUCGGCAAUUGAAAUCAGUUUUUGAGCACUUGAAGAGACAAUUCAAAUAGGCAGUCCUCAACUAAAUUAUCCGCUCGUUCCGGCAGCAGAACAGAUCUCAGGUUGUUUGCGUGCGGAAGGACAGCCAAGAAGCAGCCAGCGGUCAGGGCCUCUUGUUUUAGGAUUUGGCCCUACCAAAGGCUCCUACAGGGUGCGAGUGCCAUUCACCUCCACUCGCCUGACCUCUGCCCAGCGUACACCCUGCCUCAAGGGGCUGCCAUCUGGCUCCCGGCAUCGGCCCGCGCCCAGGAGAAAGGUAGCGAACAAUGGAGACGAGGCCCAUGUGGUUUAUUGUGCCCUCUCUCCAUCAAAGCGCUCGCGAAAGGCCGCGGCCAGAAGCAGCCACGAGGUGCUAGCGAGCAGAUGGAACAAGUAGAUCAAGCUGUGGGGGAUUAUUAAAAUGACUGACGAGUCGGUAUCAUCUGAAAUACGGCAUUAUUAAUGCAUGAGUCCCGCUAUUUUGCCUUUGCCCUUGAACCUGCCUGUUUCAUCAGUAACCCAGAGAUUAGAAUAGACAGGAAAUGUCACAGCGAGGCUGCUGGUCACUGCAUUACCUCCAAAGGUCUAAAAGGUACCGAUGGCUAUUUAGCGCUUACUUCUCCCAGCAGUUAAAGCAUUGACUUUUCUCCUCAGUGCCCCUCUUUGAAAAGCAUUUACUUAAUUCGUAGAAGUUUUCAGCACUUCUUUAGAAGCUCGUAUUCGUACCUUUUGUUUUGUUGGUUUCGUUUAGGUUUGUUGUGAUUUUUACAUAAGGUACAGUACUUGGCUGGGUGUCCCUUGACAUCCACGUUCAGUUUUUUUUUUUUUUUUUUUUUUUUUUUCCUGCUUACAAGCCAACGUUUAUUGUUUAAAGCUGUUAUAUCUGUUUGCUGGUGGAUUUGGUUGAUUUGUACGUGAUUUGUACAUAUUUCCUUGACCAUGCCAAGCCAGUUCUGUAGGCUGGUAGCAGACAAAAGGACUGUUGUUGGGACUGAAACUUGAUUGCGCUUGUAUAGAUUUAAAAAAAAAAAAAAAAAAAAAAAAAAGAAAAAAAAAAGAAAAGAAACGAAAAGAAAAAAAGAGACUAUUUCAAUCUCACAUGGAGACAAUGAUUCAAAAGUGUUACAAGCACUGGAUAUAAAUGGUAUUUUUAUCAAUUCUGACUAAUGUGAAGCCGUUGUGCGAGAAAAAAAAAAAAAGAAAAAACCUACAUGAACAAGUCACCUGUUUGGACUCAUGUGAGCGCGCCUCACAGUUGCCAGAUUUGAGUCAUUUUUCUCUUGACAUAUUUUGUUUAUUUAUGCAAAGACACGUGAUGAAUGAACACUUUGUUUAAGCUCCAGUGCUGCCUAGGGGAGAAAGAGCAGUAAACUCGACGGAGAGGCUCGCAUAGUGACUGGCCAACUGAGACACACCGGACUUCAGUAGCACAUUUUAAUGGUCAUGUAUGUUUGUGUUGUAUAUUGUAUUUGAAGCUCUCUAGUGCAUAUAGACAUUUUAUUGUAUUUAUUAGCCAUCAUUGGCUCUAAAAGUGUCAGUAGAACAAAAUUAAAGGACAAUCAGAGAACAAGAAUAAAAACAGUGAAAUUUCAAAAUGGAUUGGAGCUCAAAACAAAGUUUCUUUUUUUACAAAAAAAAAAAAAUCUCCAUCUCAUUACAGGUUUUUUUUUUUUUUUUCCUUUUCAUUGUAAAUAUAACAUAGGAAAAUAGAAUUCUAUUUUUGUUCAUGGAUACUUGCUGAAGUAUAAAUUAUGUAUUUUACUUUUUUUUUUUUUCCUCUUCUUUUUUUUGUGUGUGUGUAUGUUUUUGGUCAUUGUACUUAGGAAAAAAAGAAUGAAAUCACAAACUGACAAUUCACUGUACCUCAUGUAGUUGCUGAAUUCACAUCCCUGUUGAUUGAGUAGUAUUGGAGACACAGCUGAGAAACCCCGGGCAUCUCACUUCCAUGUGUUUAAGUGAUGAACCUCGCACUCCAUGCUGAGUUAACCAGCCAUUUGCUAUGUUGUUGGUGCACUCUGUAGCAAAGGACAAAUCUUGAAAUCCAUGUACGUAAUUUUUUUUUUAAAUUUUUAUUUUACAAAUUGUUUUCUAAAUGUUGAGGUACUUGCUGAAGUUCUAUAGUAAUUGGUUUUGUGCCAAAUUUGAAUGAGAGAAAAUGUAAUUGUGGGGCAUCAGUUGUGGCGUGUCAUACAGUACAGCUUCAUCUGAAAACAUGCGAGUUUCUCGCUGAGCAUUUAAUCCAUUGGGGAUGUGCAAAUAUUUAUGAGUUUGUUGUUGUUGUUUUUUUUAUGCUGCACAAUGCAGACCCACUCUGUGCAUUUGAGGUUUUCAUACAGUAUUCUUCUCUGUGUUGCUACAUAGUGUUUAAUAGACCAUUUCCCAACCAGUCGACAGCAAGUCAAAAUGACAUUUCUUUUAUAACUAUCACUGCCAUAUUAAUGCAAAGUAGGUACAAUAACUGAGGACAAAGCUUGGGUGUUUCUACUUAUCUUACUGUAAUGCUUUUUUUUUUUUGUAUGGACUUUUGUGAUGUAUAUUGUGGGAUAGUUUUUGUUAAUUUAAUCAGCACAAUUCACUGACAUGCUGGACUGACAUGCUAGCUGCUGUUCAGAAGAGUAAAAUGUUGCUGUCAGGGACAACGUAUGCUGUUGUCAAUGGUACUUUGCUUUUAGAUUUCUGUAGUCUCUCAAGCAACACUGUGUGUGGCUCCUCUGUCGCUAGGCACACUCUCGUUUCGAAUCCCGCUAGCAGCCUGAUAACACUUUUCUUUCAUUUUGUCUUUGUGUUUUCGUGUGUGUGUGUGCGUGUGUGUGUGAGAGUGCGUGUAUGUAGAGACCGGUUUCUCAGCAGGUACAUAGACCCAUGGCAGGUAUUAUUGUUUGGGCGUUAGAGAUAUAGAAUAGUAUCUGUUGCUGCUUUUGGAGAAAAAAAAAAGUUUUAAGUCUAAAAAUGUAAAUAGUUUAUCAUAAUAUCUUGUACAGUCCAGUGUAAAGUUUUUAAUUGAACUUAAAAAGGUUGCCAUCACAUUUGUGUUCACAUUCUUCUUUAUACAGUACAAAAGACAGCUAUUUGCUAAGGAUAUUAUUGUUUAAAAAAAAAAAAGGAAAAAAGGUACUAAAAAUAUUUUUUGCUUGGCUUUAGUAUGUAAACCAGCAAGUCAUUGGUUUCCAUGUGCAGUAUUGACGUGAGGUAAACUAAUUAAUGCUACAGUUGUAUGUCCAGAGACCAGUCUUCUCUGUAAUGGUAGUAUUAUUAUAUGAAAUAAAAUAAACCAGAUGAGUGACACAUUUCGGUGUAUUUAGACACCUUAGUGAAUUGUACAAAUAUCUAGGUUGUUCUCCCCACAAGCAGCAUUUGGCAUAUUGUAAUGUAACACCAUUUUUACAGUAUAUUCUCAAUUCACUGAUGUACGACAGCAGAUGAGGGUGUUCCUGUCUGCUUGCUUAUUUACCUCAAGAGUUCCUCUUUUUCCAUAAAAGAUAGAGUACACACACAUAUGACAAAAUCGUCUCACCAUCACUCCAUCUUUUGUACUGCUGUUGACACUUACAAAUUAAAGAGACAUUUUGUUUUA